AUGGACUGGAACAAUCUGCUCUCCAAGGCCGCCUCCAUCCCCAAUUUCCUCCCCGACAAGCUCGUGGACUGGCUUGUCUCCCUCGCCCAGUCCGAGUACUCCCUCAUCUGCGGCCUCGAAGACGAGAUCCACAAGCUCCGAAGAACCCGCGAGCGGAUCCACUCCCUCCUCACCGACGCUGAGGAGCGCCGCUACAUCGAGGACGAAUCCGUCAAGCGCUGGCUCCUCGAGCUCAAAGAUGUCGCCUUCGCCGCCGACGAACUCCUCGAUCGCCAGCAGACACAGCUCAAACUCUCCUCCCUCGACCAGAGCAGCCGCGAGGCCGGCCCAUCCCGCAAGCGGAAGCGCUCCUGGUCUCUCCAUUCCCUGGGCCUCGGCCAUGACCCGGUUCUUCUCCAGCGCCGGAGACUGGCGAUCCAGAUAGCCAAGAUCAAGGAGAGGUUCCAGGAGAUCGCCGAGGCCCGGAAGAAUCUCCGUCUGGAGGCCGGAGACGGGAGGAGAAGGGGGCGAACGGGAGAAAGCUCGCCUCCUUCUCAAUCCGUGGCCUCUUAUGAGUGGUCUCAUGUCGUCGGCCGAGAAGAUGAGAAGGCAGAGAUUGUUACAGCAUUGACGUCGGAUCAUCGAAUCCUCCUCCCUGUUCUUCCGAUCUAUGGAGCUCCUGGAAUCGGUAAGACCACUCUUGCUAAAUUAGUCUACAAUGACGCUCAAGUGGAAAAUUAUUUCGAUUUGAGGAUUUGGGUUGGUUUGUCCAAAGGAUUUGAUGUGAGAAGGGUAACGAAAGAGAUUAUAGAAGCUGUAGACGACGGGGAGAAAUGUAAUAUAUCCAGCCUGGACGCUCUGCUGCGUCACCUCAUCUGCAAGGUGAGAGGGAGAAAGUUCUUGCUGGUGCUGGAUAACUUGUGGGCUGAGAAUUUCCAGUUCUGGGAGACGCUGCGGCUUCCAUUGUUGGCUGGAGGUAAGGAAAGUAAGGUAUUGAUUACUGCUCGGAAUGAAGUAGUUUGGAGGGGAAUGCCCACACUGCAUCUGAUCCAUUUGAAGGGUCUGAAUGUGGACGAUUGUUCAAACCUGCUCCUUGAUCAGGCAUUCCCGAACGGGUGUUCGAGCCAACAUCCAAAUUUGGAAGAGAUCAGCAAGAGGAUCGUGGAGAGGUGCCAAGGAUCCCCUCUGGCAGCAAAGUUGCUCGGUUGCCUCCUGUACAAUGUGACAGAUGAAGUUCGAUGGGAAGACAUGCUAAAUGAAGUGUGUUUAUUGGAAGAGGAUAUAAAUGGCAUAUUGCCAAGCUUAAUGAUCAGUUAUAAUCAUUUGAAUUAUCAUCUGAAGCAGUGUUUUAAGUACUGCUCUAUGUUUCCUAAUGGUUAUGAGUUUGAUAGGGAUGAACUGGUCAGGUUGUGGAUGGCAGAAGAUUUGAUCCAGCGCAGUGGGAGCAGAAGUACUCUGGAGGUGAUAGGCGGCAGGUACUUUGAUAAUCUAUUGUGGAGGUCAUUUUUUGAAGUCUCUGGUAGUCAAGGACAGAAACAGAAAUAUAGAAUGCCGAGCCUCAUCCAUGAUCUAGCACGAUUAGUUUCUAAACCUGAAAGUUUGGUUGUGGAACAUGAUGUUUCAUGUGAUAAACCUGAAUGGGUGCGUUAUGCAUCUCUGCUUCAUCAAAAUAAUCAGGGGACUGUAGCAUUCGACAAACUAUACAGAUAUGAAAAAUUACGGACUUUUAAAUUGUACGGUGAGUCUAGAGUGCCUGUGAAGCAUGUCCCUGCAAAUCUUUUUCGUAAAUUAACAUGCUUGCAGGUUUUAGAUCUCAGCUUUACCGAGAUAGAAGAAUUGCCGGACUCAGUUGGCGAUUUGAUACACCUGCGAUAUCUUGGCCUUUACGGAACUGAAAUCCAAAGGCUGCCUGAAUCAGUUUGCUGGCUUUACAAUCUGCAGACCCUGGAGCUUGGUGAGUGCUACAGGCUCCGAGAGUUACCAAAAGGAACCAGCUACAUGGUUAACCUACGGCAUCUUGGUUUGCGUGUUGACUGGGAGACGGGUGCUAAUUCGAUGACGUCCAUGCCACAAAGAAUUGGAAAAUUAACUUCGCUGCGGACAUUGUCAAGAUUCAUUGUGAGUUCUGAGGAUGGAUGCAAGGUAGGAGAGCUGGAGGACUUGAACCUUCGAGGAGAUCUUUGCAUCUCAAAGCUAGAAAAUGUUGUCGAUGAGACGGAUGCUCAAGAGGCCAAUUUGAGUAGGAAGCGAAUUGAUAAUUUGAAGUUGCAAUGGAGCGAUGCAGUCAAUCCCACUGCUCAACAGGGUGGGAGUGAUUGCGAAGGGGUUAUUGCAGGUCUCCGCCCUCAUAUCACACUCAAAUGUCUUUGGAUAGAGAACUAUCCUGGCAGCAAUUUUCCAGAUUGGGUAGGAGAUCGUUCUUUCUUACACUUAGAGACUUUGAGACUCUCCUGCUGCAAGAAUUGUGAACAACUCCCACUGAUAGGGCAGCUACCUCGUCUCAGAAAUCUGUGGAUAAAAGGUAUGCAUGGAAUGAGAAGCAUGGGAAAUUUUGUGGGAUUUCAAUCUCUAGAGAAGCUUACCUUAUCAGACAUGCCUAAUUUGGAGAGACUUUUUGAAGUGGAAGGUUGUGAGAUUCCUAGGCUCCCCGAACUUUCCAUUUUACCUAUGCUUGAGAAAUUGGAGAUAAGAAACUGUCAGAAUUUGAUUUUGCCUCCGGAGUUUGAUUCCCGCCAUGAUUUAAUAAUAGACCGUGACCCUUAG